ACAAUGCACGGCAGGGCUUGGGGUUGCCUGUUCCCGGGACAAGAGCAGCGCAGUGAAGGUGCGCGGUUAACUGGAGAGGUGGGUUCAUCUUCUGCCGGGGCUGGGAGAGAAGCUGCGGUUAGCAGUUGUUCCGGAGGCCGGUGUUGUGCUGUUCAGUGGGGAGCAAGGUUAGGGGCUCUGCUGCCGCAGCCUGCGAGAGAGGUGGCGGUGGCAGAGACUGUGUAUUUGCAAUGAUCCGGAUAGACGAUCAGCUGCUGCUGCUCUCUGGUGUGCUGAUCCCUCUCUCUCUCCAGAGGUGCACCUUUGCCCGUUCUGCAUCGCACUGCAGCAGUCUUUGAGUUCCUCUGGUAAUAAUUCUCAUGGAGACUGUUUUAUAGAGGAAAACCAAUGACCUUUUGCAGUAUUGGAAGAAAGGAGACGUUUUAGUCAUCUUUAACAAACAAUUUUAACAGUGCUGUAAUUCGUCAUUGAAGCCACAUAUUCAAAACAGUUUAUACCAUCAAACAUUGUAUAUAGACUGAUUCUAUGUCUCAUAAACUCUCUAAGCACUGUGAAUUGAAACUACCAAACUACGUGGAAUUUGCAAGCGACUAACACCUGGGUCAAAUGGCACAUUUUUCUGAUAUUUAAUAAGGAGCCUUAUCGCCAAUAUGAUGAACCGAGAGAAGUGGGUUAACCUCAGUCCUUCAGAAUUUUCUCAGCUUCAGAAGUAUGCAGAAUACUCCACCAAGAAGAUUAAGGAUGUUCUGGAAGAAUUCCAUGGUAACGGUGUGCUAGCAAAAUAUAAUCCUGAAGGGAAACAAGACAUUCUUAAUCAAACAAUUGAUUUAGAAGGUUUCAGGCUGUUCAUGAAGACCUUUCUGGAAGCUGAGCUGCCCGACGAUUUCAGUGAACAUCUCUUUACAUCAUUCAGCAACAAAAUCUCCCAUUGUAGUCCCUUAGUAAAAAACAAGCCCCAACUCCUAUCAGGAGGUUUGAGAAUUAAUAAAGGUACCACUACAUCACGAACUGCUGCUCCUGCCAAUUUACAUGUACCAGAUGUAAUCCAGUUGAAAGACAUUGUUUGCUAUUUGUCUCUGCUUGAAAGAGGAAGACCUGAAGACAAACUAGAAUUUAUGUUUCGCUUGUAUGACACAGAUGGAAAUGGGUACUUGGACAGUUCGGAGCUAGAAAAUAUCAUCACUCAAAUGAUGCAUGUUGCAGAAUAUCUUGAAUGGGAUGUCACUGAACUCAGUCCAAUCCUUCAUGAAAUGAUGGAAGAAAUUGAUUAUGACCAUGAUGGCACAGUAUCUCUGGAGGAAUGGAUCCAGGGCGGAAUGACGACAAUCCCACUCCUGGUGCUCCUUGGAUUAGAGAAUAAUGUGAAGGAUGAUGGGCAGCAUGUAUGGAGACUGAAACACUUUAACAAGCCUGCCUACUGUAAUCUUUGCUUGAACAUGUUAAUAGGAGUAGGCAAGCAGGGUCUCUGCUGUUCCUUUUGCAAGUACACAGUCCAUGAACGCUGCGUUUCAAGAGCCCCUGCCUCUUGUAUCAAAACAUAUGUGAAAUCCAAAAAGAACACUGAUGUAAUGCACCACUACUGGGUAGAAGGAAACUGUCCGACAAAAUGUGAUAAGUGUCACAAAAAUAUAAAAUGUUACCAAGGCCUGACUGGACUUCAUUGUGUUUGGUGUCAGAUCACACUCCAUAAUAAAUGUGCUUCACAUCUAAAGCCUGAAUGUGACUGUGGCCCUUUGAAGGACCAUAUUUUACCACCCACAGCAAUCUGCCCAGUAGUAUUGGAAAGACAGGCAACUGUGAAAAAGGAAAAGAGCUGUCCCCAGCAAAUGAACAAAUUGGGAGAACGGACUAAGAUGCAAAGAGCAAAUUCUGUCACUGUAGAUGGACAAGGACUUCAGAUCACUCCAGUUCCAGGAACUCAUCCACUUUUAGUUUUUGUCAACCCUAAAAGUGGGGGGAAACAAGGAGAAAGAAUUUACAGAAAAUUUCAGUACCUUUUAAAUCCUCGUCAAGUUUACAGUCUUGCUGGAAAUGGACCAAUGCCAGGGUUAAAUUUUUUCCGAGAUGUUCCUGACUUCCAGGUACUGGCAUGUGGUGGAGAUGGAACAGUGGGUUGGAUUUUGGAUUGCAUAGAGAAGGCAAAUUUGCUUAAACAUCCUCCAGUUGCUAUUUUGCCUCUUGGGACUGGCAAUGAUUUAGCAAGAUGUCUGAGAUGGGGAGGAGGAUAUGAAGGUGAGAAUCUGAUGAAGAUCUUGAAAGACAUUGAGAACAGCACAGAGAUCUUGCUGGACAGAUGGAAAUUUGAAGUCAUACCCAAUGAUAAAGAUGAGAAAGGCGACCCAGUGCCUUACAGCAUCAUCAAUAAUUACUUUUCUAUUGGCGUGGAUGCUUCAAUUGCCCACAGAUUCCACAUCAUGCGAGAAAAACAUCCAGAGAAGUUCAACAGUAGAAUGAAGAACAAAUUUUGGUAUUUUGAAUUUGGCACUUCAGAAACUUUCUCGGCCACCUGCAAGAAGCUGCACGAAUCUGUAGAAAUAGAAUGUGAUGGAAUUCAGCUAGACUUAAUCAAUAUUUCUCUGGAAGGAAUUGCCAUUCUGAACAUUCCAAGCAUGCACGGUGGAUCAAAUCUUUGGGGAGAGACGAAGAAAAGACGUAGCCAUCGUCGAACUGAAAAGAAGAGGUUGGAUAAAAGAACCACUGUCACAGAUGCUAAGGAAUUGAAGGUUGCAUGUCAAGAUCUGAGUGAUCAGCUGAUGGAAGUGGUUGGUCUGGAGGGAGCCAUGGAGAUGGGUCAGAUAUACACAGGAUUGAAAAGUGCUGGCAGGCGGCUUGCACAGUGCUCAUCUGUUGUCAUCAGAACCAGCAAGUCGCUGCCCAUGCAGAUUGAUGGAGAACCAUGGAUGCAGACUCCUUGUACAAUAAAAAUUACCCACAAGAAUCAAGCCCCAAUAUUGGUGGGACCUCCUCCAAAAACCGGUCUAUUCUCCUCCAUUAUCAGAAGAACAAGGAACCACAGCAAGGAAUAAGCCUCUGUAGUUUAGUUCUGAGAAAACAAAUUAGCAGCACUGGGCUUUGGAAUAUUUAUGCCAGAAAUCUUUCAAAAGUUUUAGAAUAUCCUCGACUCACAAAAUUCUGGAAUUUGGCAUAACAGUUUCUGUGACUGAGCAAAUGUAAAAUUAUGCUAUUAGAAAAAUUUAUUGUCACUUUUUAAGGCAAUUUUGCAUGAGGAAAGCAGAUGUUUAUAUACAGUGAUAUGGCAUAUUUUUGUUGCAUGCAUUACCAUUUACUAAUUUAUGGUAUAAUUCUGCCAUGGAACAUGAGGAGGGAAUGCUCUUGGUAAUUUGAUUUAUUUCGUAAGAUUUUAUUUGUAGUUAAUUCUAAUGCAGUGAUCAUAAUCCAGAGAUUCUGUAGUUGCCCCUGGAACCCAAGCAUCUUCAGAUCAGCAAUUGAUUUGACCUGUAUCACAUAAGAGCUUGGAAGUUCACAGGUCCCAUUAACUUGGCCUUUUACAUUUAACAUUUCUUUCCACUCUUGUGAAUAUUUUUCUUCAGCAAUUUAACCCCACUGGGGAGUAUUAAAAUACUUUUUCUUUGCUAAAAUACCUUUCAUCUUUCAAACACUGAGGCAUGACACAAAAAGUCCCACUGGAUCACUGGUACUACUCACAUGUAGAUAACUUCUCACAUGUGUAAGUUUUUGCAAGAUGGGAAGUCAAUGCAGGAUUGCCUGAGUGAGGACUACAGGGCUAAAGGUUAAAGGACAGUGAAUAAAGGUAAUGGUACUUGCAAAACUAGUCAGCAGUGUUGUUUGUUGAAACAUUAAAACAUUUUACUCAACGGUAAAUCUUUGUAAUAUACCAAACUUUAAAUCAUCUUGCAUAUUGGCCAAGAGUGCAGUAUGUAUGCACACAAAUAACCAAACCACAUGUCUUAUAAACUGCAUUUCCCACCAAAGAUCUAGUGAAGGACGCUUCAGAGAAAUGGUUUAAUGCAUAAUUAAUCAUGAAGACUGUAGCAGACUUAUUUCUGAAAAUUUACGGUUCUUUGAUUACCUUGGCAAUGUCCAAACUAAUGCUGGAAUAGGAAAAACAAUCUAUUAAUUACAGUUUUCAUGCUCACCUUUCAUUUGUUUCAUACGUUAAUAGACUGACACACAAACUUGUUGCUUCACAAUUAAAACCAUUUCUAAUUUUGUUGUUGUUUAUAAAUUUGCAACAUCCCUCAUUUUCUCAUGCUUUAAAUUAGUCUCCUUCAGGAAAGGACAUGCUCUUAUCAGUUCCCUUUCUAUUCAUUGUUACCUGAAAUCAAAACAAUUCCUAUUAUAAUAAUUUGGGAGGCAAUUUUUUAGGUCUUCAUUUUCUCAGUCCUCUGAGAGACUUCUUAACGGCUUGGAAAUCACAGCACAGGUUUUAUUGUCUACGGCUCGCAUGGUACUGUCAGACUGUCUAAUGGUUAGGUCCAAGAAUGGCAACCUUUUUCAGUGUUGCAAUAAAUUUACAAUAUGGGUCUACAGUAAAAUGCUUUUUUAUGCAGUCUUGACAUUGUUCAUUGUACAAAAUAAUCUGCACCUCUUCGCUGCAUGUUUUAUGUUCUCAAACAUUCCAUCGGGGGGGGGGAACUGCUUGAAAUGCAUGAUUUAUUAGUUUCCUCCCACCUUUAUCGAUACAUUAAAGUGCCAAUGAGUUAUCCAAUCUAUUUUUUAAUUGAUUCAUUCAUCUUUAAAAAGUAAAUAGCAUUUAAUCAUUCUGUUGUGCACGGUACUGUGCAUGGAUUUAAGUAAAGCUGCUACCGUUCUGUUCCUUAGUAUGAGUAUUCAGCAUCUCUUUUGUAUAUAAUAGAUCCUGAACAAAAAGGCAGCAUAGUGCUGGUGAGGAUUAUGUAUAUGAAAUAUGCUCUCAAUGUUCUAGGCAAAGACCAACAUUAAGUUCAGCAUCAGGUAGAAAAAUGAGAUGACAAUUAUUCCUUAAAAUUAAGACAUAAUUCACCAUUGCUGGGUCCAACGAUAUUAACAGUUACAGCAGGAUUUGAAUGUCCCUUGUUCUUGUAUAUUACAUGCACUUUCUCACGCACACAAAAAAUUCUGAUGCAUUAGUGACUGCAGAUUUCCGUAAUUACAAGGUAAGAAGUAUUUGCAUAAAGAAAGACCUUGCUGGCAUAAUGCGCACACUGGCUUUCUGAAAUUAUGGUUACAGGUAAUAAAUAUUUGCUCAUGACUUGACAUAGAAUUUUCUACUGUUGCUAUUCAACCUUUUACGUCAAAACAUGUUGAAUGAUACCAUUAUAUAAUGUGCCCCCGAUGAUUAUCUCUUGAACACUGUCUCUCUGAAAAACAAAUAAAAUGGUGCAUAGGCUA